GUAUAUCUUCAAGGGUCCUAGAGCAGUGUGUGGGGGAGAGAUCCACCAGGGGUCAGCUUUACAGAUCAGCUGAGGUGUGGAUUCUGUAAUCUGCUCUCCUGCUGCCCUGAGACUCCGGGAGAGAGGUGGAAAGGGACAGAGCCAAGAGGUGCAGGUGAGCCAGAAAGGCCUGAGCUCUGUGGUGUCUCCAAGCACCAACUCCAGGGCCUGGAAGACACGGAAAGGUCUAAAGCUCCAGGCAGGGAAUAGUUAAUUGCUUGACAGCUAUGGGAAAUGCCUCCCUUUGCUCCCUCCCUUUCUUUCCCUCCCCUUCUCUCUCUCCCUCUCUCUCUUUUCCACUGUCUUUGCUUCUCUAUUUUUUUCUCUCUCUCACCAUGCUGUAAGUAGGUGUUUCCUGUGUGAUGUGAGAGAGUGAGUGUAUAUAGGAGCCCAAAAUCUUUGACAAGUUCAGAGUUUCGAGUGCGCCAGUCACACUCCCAAUAGGACUAAUUGUAUUUUCUUUCCAUUGUGGAUUUACAUUUUUCACUUUUAUUUUGGUACUGACACAAUGUCAGAGGGUAAGAAGAGGGAACGGAAUGGGAAAAAAAGAGAAGGAAAGAAAGGACGCAAGGAGAGCAAAGAUCCCACACAAGCUGCUCCUCCCUCACUGAAGCGCAUGAAAAACCGUGUGUCUGUGGGCGAAGGAAGCAAGCUGAUUGUGAGGUGUGGGGCCUCUGGCAACCCCACCCCGCAGUACAAGUGGUACAAAGAUGGCACUGAACUGAAGAAGAGCAAAGAGAUCAAAAUUUCCAGGAAUGGCAAGAAAACUUCCAAAGUUCAGAUCAGCAGUGCAAAGCUGGAGGAUUCUGGGAAUUACACAUGUGUGGCAGAGAAUAUUCUGGGGAAGGAGAAUGGCACCAGUACAGUGCACGUACAAAGCAUAACCACAACGUUAUCACCGGGCUCCGGCCACGCCAGAAGAUGCAACGAGUCAGAGAAGGCGUACUGCGUGAAUGGCGGCGACUGUUACUACAUACAUGGUAUAAAUCGGCUAUCCUGCAAGUGUCCAAAUGACUUUACUGGUGAUCGCUGUCAAACCUACGUUAUGGCCAGUUUCUACCAGUCUCUUGGGAUUGAAUUUAUGGAGGCAGAGGAGCUCUAUCAGAAGAGAGUCCUGACAAUCACCGGCAUCUGUGUGGCUCUUUUGGUGGUGGGCAUAGUCUGUGUGGUGGCCUACUGCAAAACCAACCUCCCCCCCAGGAAACAGAGGAAGAAGAUGCACAAUCAUCUGAGGCAGAACAUUUAUGUGGAUCAUCCCAACCGCAACCUGGCCAACGGACCUAAUCACCCAGGACCUGGUCCUGAGGAGAUACCCAUGGUAGAUUAUAUCUCCAAAAAUGUACCGGGGACUGAGAGAGUCAUUGGACACGGAGCAGAGGCACCUUUUCCUGGCAGCCGGCAGUCUUCCAGAUCCCACAACUCCUCCACCCAAGCUCAUUUAAUCUCCACUCACAGACAUGAAGGGAGAACGUGGAGUCUGGAGCGAACAGACAGCGUCCUCUCCGACUGUCCUUCCGGCAUGAUGUCGUCCUCAGUGGGGACCAGUAAAUGCAACAGUCCUGCGUGCAUGGAGGCUCGGGCCAGGCGUGCCGCACACUGUGGCUUUACUGAGCCCCACCGGCCGGCCCUGCAGUACGGCGACUCUUUCGACUCGCUUGGGGACUCUCCGCAUAGCGACAGGUACGUGUCAGCGCUGACCACUCCGGCUCGCCUGUCUCCCGUGGACUUCCAUUACUCACUGCCUCCGCAGGUGCCUACCUUCCAGAUCACGUCUCCCAACGUCAGCCACGCCAUGUCUCUGCCUCCCGCUGCCCAUGCUCCCUAUCCGCCGGAGGAGGACCAGCCACUGCUGCGGCGCUACCAGGUGCCCCUUCACGAGGUGCGGGGCCACGAGCCCUACCGGCAGCAGCAGCGUGGCAGCUACCUGCGAGACAGCACCGGCAGCCUUCCAUCCAGCCCCUACCGGCUGGCUCAGGAGGAAGACUAUGAGAGCACCCAGGAGUACCUCUCCUCGAUGGAGCAACCAAAGAGAAGCAGUCGGCACUGGCGCAGGUCCAGACUCAACUGCCACGUGGCGCCACACGGCUACCAGCCCUCCCGGGACUUAGGCUCACGCAGCUGCCUGUCGGACAGUGACUCAGAGGAGGAGGAAGGUGAGAGCACGCCCUUCCUCAGUAUGCAGAACAUGAAUGCCGCCGAGCCCGUCACCCUCUACAGGCCCGUGCCCGACAUGCAGACUUCUCACGCCCAGAGGGGGCGGCACGGGCCUCGCGCCAACACACAGACCAGACUGACGCAGUCGCGCUCCAAACUGGACAAUGCACCCCACUAGAGAGACCGCCACCUAUCCACAAAAACCAAUCUACUAUAGACAUGCACCUAUAAGAAAUAUUUUUAUUUUAUAUAACUGACAGAUAUUAUAAACAAAUGAAAUAUUUAUUUUCAUUUUAGCAAAAGUUGUCUACUAGUUAACAGCAAAGACUUUUUUUAUAGGGAAAACUCUAUUUAUAUGUACAUUUUGAUUUACAGCAUAAAAAAUAUGUGCCAAUUUUUUCACUACUUAAAAAAAAAAAUAGAGUAAUAUUGUGGUGCCUUUUGCUGUAUGCUGAGGGCCAGAGGGCCAGUGGAGUUUUUUGUAGCCUUUCUUAUAUGGACGCCUCAUUUUUUAUACUCGUUUACUCUUUUGUUGUCUCUUUUUGGCCUUUUUUCCUUACUUUCCUUUCCAGGUUGUGUUCUUUUGGGAGCUGACCCCCAUUUGAACUGUGACAUCCACCCUUCCCACCGUCAUGCAAUAUAAACCACUCUAACAUAA